AUGUGGAAUACGUUGUACAUGUUGGGCGUGGAAGUGGAUGUUGUAGGUGAUCAGGGCGCAGACGAUUUACCUCUAUCAAAAGGCUCACGACCUCCUGGCACGGCUCUCUCGGCUCAUCUACUACAAAAAGUACCAACCAAUCGUGUGCUUCUAUUGAUCAACCCGUUCAGUGGGCAACAACGUGCGAAAAGUUUAUGGUCGAGGUAUGGUGCACAUGUGAUGCAAGCUGCAGGAAUUCAAGUCGAUGUUAUUAAUACUGAGUAUACCAAGCAUGCCACGAAGAUUACACAGAAAUUGGAUAUUGAUCUUUACGAUGCGAUUUUAGUGAACAGUGGUGAUGGAUUGGUGGCAGAGGCAAUUUGUGGACUGCUAAUGAGAAAAGACCGCGACAGAGCGCUUAAAUUUCCCAUCUGCCACAUUCCGGGUGGUACAAGCAAUGCACUUGCGGCUGCAAUAUGCUACGCUUGCAAUGAGCCGUUUUCUACACGAGAUGUUUUCGUUACCGAAUCCUGUCUAAUGGUAACUCGUCCGCGUUAUAUUCCCCUUCGACUUUACACAGUCGACACACAAUAUGAUGGUAUUAAACCGAUGUUCAUGAGCGCCACGUGGGGGUUAAUCGCAGACAUUGAUCUAGGAAGUGAGCGUUUUCGUUGGGCUGGUAUGAUUCGGUUACACAUGGAAGCCUUUCUUCGAAUCCUCCAGCUUCCCACCGUCGCCGCAUAUAGAGCUCGGAUAUCAUAUAUUCCUGUUAACUGCAAAAGGACCUCGAGGAAUACAAUGUUGAAAUUCUGCUGUAAUCGAAGUAGAUUUGGCCAUGGUCAUUUUGAGUUCGAUUGCAUUGAUCAGGCAUGUGAUCUAGAGCCGCUAGAGAGGACAAAGAGCAAAGAAAUUUUUUCAUCGAUGAAAGAGGCUUUAGAUGGUACGUCGAUCGUGGAUAUCCCUUCUCUAGAUCAACCAUUAGGGAAGAAUUGGAAGACAGUAGAUGGAAAUUGGGUGAUGGCUAACGUGUCAACAUUAAGUCAUUUAGGAUCGGACAUACCAUUCCUGCCGUCUACACGUUUAGAUGAAUCAACCAUGUACCUGACUCUAAUCGACUGGAAUACAAUAAAGAGCCGGCUACACAUAGCCCAUCUCUUCAUUUUUAUGGAAAGCAGUAAACAUCUUGACCAUCCGUGUUUUCAGGUUAUUCCGGUCAAAGCUGUAAGAAUCGAACCGCAGGCAGGCGAAGGUUAUUUUGCCAUAGAUGGGGAACCUUGUCGAUCGGGAUCGUCUUUUCAGGUUCCUCUCUAA